CUCAGUGCAGUGCCAGUUAACACACCAUCACUUCUAGUCAAUAAGUUGAUAGUUGGAGUCCAAGAUGACGCGAGCGUGUGUGUCGUUGGUUCUGGCUGCUUGUUUGUUGGCGAACGCGCUCAGUGCGCCCUCGGAGGGCUACCGGUGGAGGAGAGGCGACAAUGACAUUGACUCCAAAGAGGAUAGCUAUGUAAAAUCUGUAUCCACGACCACAUACUCCUCAAUCUCGACAACAGAAGAGUUCGAUGACGAUGAUGAAGACUUCAGUGACAGCAGCACGUCAGCUCCCUCCGGCAGCAACAUCUUCAGUCUGCUGCGGCUGGCUGGAGCUCUGUUACCCAACCUGAGCGCUUCCAACCAACAAAAAAUAAUGUCAAAUCCAAUGGUCCAAAACAUCGUACGAGAGUUCAUGAAACUUGAAAAAUAUAUGAAAUUAAAUAAGAAACCCGUAAUACAGACAAGACGAGACGUUGUGAAAGACAAUGAAAUUAUAAUCGAUGACAUCGUAGGCUUGAAACCGCCGUCAUUUUUCCAAAGACAAGAAAUUGAAGAAAGCCACGAAGAUAGUUCAGAAAGUAAUGACGAUGAUGAUGACGACGAUGAUGAUGAUAACGACUCAGAUGAAAACAACGGCGCAGAAGAGGACAGCUCUGAGGAUGAUGGUAAUAAAAGUGAUGAGGAUGAUAAUGAUAAACAAGAUUCCAAUGACAGUGAUGAUGAUGAUUCUGAUGAGCCACCAGAGAGUGACGGCCAAGGAGGCGGAAUUUUGGGCUUGUUGGCAGGACUGAGUGGUGGUGAAGAUGGACAGUCAGAUUUGGGUUCAUUGUUAGCUGCAGUCAGUGGUAUCGUAGCAAAUCUCAGCGGCGACGGAUUCGACUUGAAUGCAUUAAUAGCAUCAGGAUUGGGGUUGUUCGUCGGUCUACUGUCGGAAGGCGAAGAAAACCCUGGAGAAAUACUGGCUAGCUAUCUUCUUACAUCGUUGGAAACUAUAACAGGAGGUGGUGCCAAUAACAAUGGAGCGUUCUUUGGGAAGUUCUUAUCUAAGUUAAUCACAGGGACAAGCGCGGCGGCAGAAUCUGAAGACUCCAAUUCUGACGAGAACGGCAACAAGAUGCCAAUGAAGGACUCCGCAGGGUUCUACGGGAGUCUGCUCAUGGGGCUCCUCGGGGACAUGUCUAAGACCAGCUCGGCCGGCAGCUCGAAGCCCUGGAGACGGGGCGAUGACCCCUGGCAGAUCAUGUUCAAAUAGACUAUAGCUGUUUCCAGCCAGUGCAUUGUUACCUUUGUUCUCAGUUAUUCCUUUAGUGGUUCCUGUAGGAACGCCUGUGUUUUCAGCCACGGUUUUUACUUCAAAGUUACUAAAGGAAUCUCUAAGACCAUUAUUAAUGUUAUAUAUUACUAUAAAAUUUUAGUUAACUUUUUUAUACGUUUUGCUUUUAGCAAGAUAACAAUUAUAUUGUCGAAUUAAAUAUUGUUUGAUGGUAUUGUGUUCACAACUUAUUUAUCUUCCACGUCGACCUUUAAAAUGUAAUAGGAUUUGUAAAGUUUAUAUUACUUUAAAAAACCUAACAAAAUUU